AUGGCAAACCUAAACAGGGAAAUCAGGAUUGCCAUCAUGGGUGCAACCGGCAGUGGUAAAUCCACGCGUAUCAAUAAGGCUAGCAGGUCGGACCUAGAAUCUGUGGAUGAUGGCCUGGAGAGUUGCGCCAGCAAGAUGCGAACUACACGGUCGUUUGUCAUCGGCGAAAGUGUCGUGCGUAUAUACUAUCACCUGAUUCGGAAUGCACAAUCGAUGGGUAAUGCACAAUGCACUCCAGAGCUCACCACUCUGCAUAUAUUUCAUUCGGAACAGAUGAAGGACAAGUAUUAG